AGAGAAAAUGCGAGCUGUAUCCUGUUGUUAAGACAUAACGAUGAAUACAGGAGUUCUUGCAUUUGUUGGGAGGGCCAUUCAAUACCUUGUAGAUAAUCCAUAUAUUCUUGGAAUUCUUUUUCUUCUCUAUGUAUUUAUAUUUUUGCUGUCAGUUUUGUUUUCCGGGCCCAGACCGGGGAGAAAUCCAUUCUCAGUUAAAAACGUGAAACCUGUCCAGGAAUUGAUCACUGACCAAAAAAGUCGUGAUCAGAUACUAAAACAAAGAUUCAAGAACCACAAAGUUCCCAAGAACUUGGAUGUGGUGAUCAUUGGGAGUGGCAUUGGAGGUCUGAGUGUGGGGGUUCUGCUUGCUCGGGCUGGCAAAAAAGUGCUGGUGCUGGAGCAACAUGACCAGGCCGGAGGAUGUUGCCACACCUUCCAUGAUAAAGGGUUUGAAUUUGAUACAGGCAUUCAUUACAUAGGAAAAAUGGACCCUUCUUUUGAGAAUAGGGUUCUAAUGGAUCAGUUGACAGGUGGUAGGGUGGAGUAUCCACUAAUGGAUGAAGCCUAUGAUAUAGUUGCAAUAGGAGACCCAAUGAAAGGAAAAGUCAGCAAAUUUCCAUUUGUGUCCAACAAAGAAAAGAUCAAAGAAAAUUUGAUAACCCGAUUUCCGAAGGAAAAGGAAGGAAUUGAAAAGUUUUUCAAGUUGCUGAAGGAAGCUAGACAUUUUUUUACUGGAUGUGUAGUGCUCAAAGUUAUCCCGAAAUGGCUGGCAAAACUUUUAGUCUCAACUGGACUGAUCAACAUCAUUUUCAAAGCCUAUGGUAAAUUUGGAAAACUUUCACUUAAAGAUGUACUGGACAGCGUUACAGAUGACGAAGAGCUAAAAGCUACACUGGCCUACAUAUUUGGAGAUUAUGGUGUUGUCCCAUCAAAGACCCCCUUUGGUCUGCAUUCUGUCAUCCUUGGCCACUACUUCAGUGGGGCCCACUACAUUAGAGGCGGGCCCAGUGAGCUGGCCUUCCAGAUGAUUCAGGUCAUUGAGGAGAAAGAUGGGCGGGUCCUCGUCAAUGCCCCAGUGUCUGAGAUACUGAUGUCUGAGAAAGGCAGGGCUGUAGGUGUUAAACUACGAAAGGGUGACAGUGAUGUGGAAAUAUUUGCCAAACAUGUGGUAUCUGAUGCAGGGGUAGCCAACACAUUCUUUCAUCUUCUGCCAAAAGAGGUGGCCACAAAGUCAUCAAUAUAUCCCAUGAUUAACAAGGUUGGAGAAAGUGUGUCUUUUCUAACUGUCUUUGUGGGCUUGAACGGGAGCAAGGAGGACCUGGGAAUACAGGCCCACAACUGUUGGCAUUUUACCAGACCAGACCUGGAACAACUGUAUGAUGAAUACAGUGCUCUUUCUACAGAAGAACUGCCAAACCAUGAUGUUCCCAUGAUGUUCAUCUCAUUCCCCUCGGCCAAGGAUCCAUCAUGGCAUGAGACAAAUCCAGAUAAAUCUACCUGCCUGAUCAUCACCUGGUCUCACUAUAAAUGGUUCCAAGAUUGGGAGAAUGGAAGGGUCAAACACAGGGGUGAGGACUAUGAAUCGAUCAAGACAGCCAUAGGGAAGAGGAUGCUUCAGCAGUGCAUCAAGCUGUACCCCAAAAUGGAGGGCAAGGUGGAGUACUUUGAUGUAGGAACACCACUCAGUAACAAAUACUACCUCGGGUUCCAACAUGGAGAAAUGUAUGGACUAGAUCAUAACAUGGCCAGAUUUCUACCCCAGACUAGCAUCCAACUCCGACCAAAAACAGACAUCCCUGGGCUCUAUUUGACAGGUCAGGAUGUGAUGUCAGUAGGAUUAGCUGGGGGUUUGUAUGGUGGGCUAUUGUGUGCCUCAGCCUUAUUGAACCGAAAUCUUUACAACGAUCUCCAGGCUCUCCAGAAAGAACUAAAGAAGUCAGAAGAUACAGAAAAAAAGCAGAAAUGAUGCAGCCGUGUCAGAGCAAAUGUCCAGGAAUGUGGUGCAUAAUAUCUUGCUUAUAGAUUAUGUUACUUAUGUUCAUGAGAUUAUAUAUUUACUGAUGUUUCUAUAUCUGUCAGAAAAAUUACAGUACAAGUUCAGCAAAUCUCUUUUUCAUACUGGAAAUGAAAGCAUUCCUUAUUGAUGCUUUUGUAAAUCUCAGAGUACAGACAUAUCUUAUUAUUAUUAUAUCAGAUACAUGUAUAAUUUAUUCACACACAUAUAUAUAUACAUGUAUCUAUAUAUAAUAUAAUUUGUCUUACUAUUGAUGUUAUUUUCCUUUCAUCAUUUUUUUAUUGUGGGAUUUGCUUAGAGGGCUAAAGUAUAAUUUAUCUAUAUAAAUAUAUCUGUUUUAUGAUUUUUCUUACUGUCUUUGAUGUAAUUUUCUUUUCUUUUGUAAAUCUCAGAGUACAGAAAUAUCUUAUUAUUACUGUAUUAGAUACAUGUAUAAUUUAUUCAUAUAUAUUAUAUAUGUGAAAUGUAAUGUUUCUUACUAUUAUUAAUGUAAUUUUGCUUUUUUCUUUUUCAUUUUUUUUUUAUCGUGGAAUUUGUUUAGAGGAGUCAAGUAUAAUUUAUUUAUAUUUAUGUGAUAUAAUUUUUCUAACUAUUAUUGGUGUAAUUCCUUUUGUCAUUUAUUUGUUAUUGUGGGAUUUGUUUAGAGGAAUUUGAAUAAAACAAUUUACAAAUAUCCGAUCGG